AUGGUGCGAGGUACAGGUCGAACAGUUAAAUGGACAGUAGGGCAUCAGCCGCUUGAAGACUCCCAUGACAGGAUAACCCGGUCUUGGAACAGGUCAUAUGGGACCUGCCGGGCUCAAAAUAAAUCCAAGCCUGAGCCGCUGCUUCUCUGCCACCUGGUUCUGACCGUGCACCCAAUUCCCUCCACCCCCAGCCAUAGCUCAGUGCUGCUACAGCAGCAGCCAAGAGGGAGGGGCCACAAGAGCAUAGCUUCUCCGGAGCACUGGGCCCACCAGGCCUCCAGUCACUUCUAUGUAGACGGUGCCAUCAAUUUUCAGGAUGCCCAAAGUCGAGCCACACAUCCCUCCACUUUAAAGCACCUCACUAUUGGCCACAGCCUAUAUCGGCCUGUGGGCUGUGCCAGACAUUCAGUUGUCAGACACACAUGGAUUUGGGUAGGCACCCACCGGCGGCACAGGCCAGGCAGCCCAGUGGAUUCUGAGAAGAAAGAGACCAUGUUCAUCACAGGGGAGGAACUACAGGUGACCUUUGACAUGGCAGCCUUUCCUAUCCUUAACACCUGUGAGAUGUUCGUCGGGGGUCUUUCCCGUUUAUCUCCUCACCCGUGCGACAUCUUCCCUGCAACACCUAAGAGUACCAAGAGACAUGAGAAAUGUCACAGAAUCACAGAGUUCAUCCUCCUAGGCUUUCCUUGUAUCUAAGGAGUACAAAUCCCUCCCUUUACAGUGAUCUUUUUCAUCUACAAAUUAACCCUUGCAAGCAAUGGGCUCAUUAUUGCCAUUGUCUGGGCUGAGCCUGGGCUACAAAUUCCAAUGUACUUCUUUUUUUGCAACUUGUCCUUCCUAGAAAUCUGGUACACCACCACAGUCAUCCCAAAACUGCUGGAAACUUCUCUGGUGGCAAAAAAAAAAGCUAUCUGCACCCCCUGCUGCCUGCGGCAGGCCCUCUUCCACUUCUUCCUGGGCACCACUGAGAUCUUCAGCCUCACUGUCACAUCUUUUGACCAUUACCUGGCCAUCUGCAAGCCCCUUCACUACCCCACCAUAAUGACCAGCAACCUCGGCUUCCAACUGGCCCACAGCUCCUGAGUUGUGGGCUUAACCAUUGUCUUUUGCCAGGUGCUGCUGCUCAUCCAGUUGCCAUUCUGUAGCAACAUCAUCAAUCAUUUCUACUGUGACAUUGGCCCCAUCUUGAAAGCAGCCUAUGCAGAUCCAAGCAUUUUGGAGCUCCUGGUUCUCUUGGCAACCAUCCUCGUAAUUCCAGGAUCACUCACUGUGAUUUCUUAUAUCUAUAUCCUUUCUAUCCUUUCUAAUCCUUCAGCCCCUGGCUGCCAGAAGGCUUUCUCUAUCUGUACCUCUCACUUAACAGGCUCCUUAUUCCAUGGAGCUGUUUUUUUCAUGUACCUGAGACCCGUAGCAUACUCCUCCUUUAAGAUUAUUAAGGUGGUGUCGGUGCUAAAUACUAUCCCUUUAAUUUCACCUAGAAACUAGGAGGUGAAAGGAGCCUUAAGGAAGGCAAUGGCUUUUCCAAAGACUUGUCAUGCAGAGUAA